CCCAGAGAGUGCGUGAGUGGCACCACAAGCCCAUUGAGCCUGCUGGCCAAAAACAUCUUGCUGCUCCCUUUGUCUCCCCCCAUCCGUCUUCUUCCAUCCUCAACAAACACUCUGCUCUUCGCAUCACAACAUUCGGGACCGCGUUCUCGAGAUUUCCUACUGCACACACCACCCUCAAUCCCAGGUGCGUAUGUGUUAUAUCCCAAUUGCUCUGCCCCUCCCUUCUGGACGACCCCUCGAUGCUCGCACGCCCUCAGUUUGCAAAGGCGUACGAGUUGCCCCUCCACAGCUCAGCUGGCCGCUCAACAGCCCCCCGCCACGGCUUGCAGCUCUCGUGUGAGGCAUAUCGUGAGCACACCACCGGCUACCCGCCGAUUGAGUCGCUGCAGUAUGGCUACUACGGACCUUUUGUCGUUGACGCUGCGCAUUGCGUGGCCACACGCCUCAGAGCUUGACCCCGCCAGCUUGUGUCUCACGACGAGUCGAGCGGUGCUGCUCCUGCCCGCCACCGCGCCUGCUGCUGGUGCUGUCGUUGCCACUGACGCUGCUGCCCCGCCCCCACUAUCCCACCUCACCGCAACCCUCUGCGCUCUGGCCGCCUGGGCUCGCUGCCAAAACAACGGAAUGCUGACGUCGAGCUCCAGAAUCUGCCCACCGCCUUGAUAGCGACAGUUGUACAAGAUGGCCAUCACCAAGGUCCACGCUCGCUCCGUCUACGACUCCCGCGGUAACCCGACCGUGGAGGUUGACAUCGUUACCGAGACUGGCCUGCACCGCGCCAUUGUCCCGUCCGGCGCCUCUACCGGCCAGCACGAGGCAUGUGAGCUCCGCGACGGCGACAAGUCCAAGUGGGGCGGCAAGGGCGUCACCAAGGCCGUUGACAACGUCAACUCCAUCAUUGGCCCUGCCCUGAUCAAGGAGAACCUCGACGUCAAGGACCAGUCCAAGGUCGACUCUUUCCUCAACGGGCUCGAUGGCACCUCCAACAAGACCAAGCUCGGCGCCAACGCCAUCCUCGGCGUCAGCCUGGCCAUCGCCAAGGCUGGUGCUGCUGAGAAGGGUGUCCCUCUGUACGCCCAUAUCUCGGACCUCGCGGGCACCAAGAAGCCCUACGUCCUGCCCGUUCCCUUCAUGAACGUCCUCAAUGGCGGUUCCCACGCCGGUGGCCGCCUUGCCUUCCAGGAGUUCAUGAUCGUCCCCAGCGCGGCCCCCUCCUUCUCCGAGGCCAUGCGCCAGGGUGCCGAGGUCUACCAGCAGCUGAAGAGCCUGGCCAAGAAGAAGUACGGCCAGUCUGCCGGCAACGUUGGCGACGAGGGCGGUGUCGCCCCCGAUAUCCAGACCGCCGCCGAGGCUCUGGACCUCAUCACUGAGGCCAUUGAGAAGGCCGGCUACACUGGCAAGAUGAACAUUGCCAUGGACGUCGCCUCAAGCGAAUUCUACAAGGAGAAGGAGAAGAAGUACGACCUCGACUUCAAGAACCCCGACAGCGACCCCACCAAGUGGAUCACCUACGAGGAGCUCGCUGCCAUGUACUCGGACCUCUGCAAGAAGUACCCCAUCGUCUCCAUUGAGGACCCCUUCGCCGAGGACGACUGGGAGGCGUGGAGCUACUUCUACAAGUCGGAGAACAUCCAGAUUGUCGGUGACGACCUGACGGUCACCAACCCCCUCCGCAUCAAGAAGGCCAUCGAGCUCAAGGCCUGCAACGCCCUGCUGCUCAAGGUCAACCAGAUCGGCACCCUGACCGAGUCGAUCCAGGCCGCCAAGGACUCGUACGCCGACGGCUGGGGUGUCAUGGUGUCUCACCGCUCCGGCGAGACUGAGGACGUUACCAUUGCCGACAUCGUCGUGGGCAUCCGAUCUGGCGAGAUCAAGACGGGUGCUCCCUGCCGCUCUGAGCGCCUGGCCAAGCUCAACCAGAUCCUCCGCAUCGAGGAGGAGCUGGGCGACCAGGCCGUCUACGCCGGCGCCAACUUCCGCACGUCGGUCAACCUGUAGAGGGUGCUACUCAUGUUUUGAGCAGCGUGGAUGUAGCUGGCGCUUGCAAGGUUCGCUCCGAGGCCUGCGAGGGGCGUGCCUUUGAAAAGAAGCAAAAGGAAACCCGGGAUUUGGCCUACGUAGAUAGAAGAACGUCGCAGCUAGUAGGGACACUGCAGAUGAAGCGAUGAACAAAAGUGAAAUUUAAGCAAGAUGAUUGCAUUGCUGCCGACUGGUGAUCCAUCUGAGCAAUUCAUCAGAGACGAGGACGAAGUAGCGCGGGCAGGCUGCGCA